AUGAGUGAGGACAACAGCCAGAUCAAUUUUCAAGGAUACAACAUCGUGACGAUUCUUAAGCGUUUGGAAGCCGCUACGUCUCGGUUAGAGGAUAUAACGAUCUUCAAGAAUGAGGUAGGCGAAGAAUCGGGAGCAGCAGGGGACAAGGGAAUCUCUGUACCAGGAGCUUCUGCAAUUGCAGGAGCAACUACCAAUGCCGUAGCAUCUGCCGGAUCAUCAAGUAAGGAUCUUGCUGAUACCAGUAAGGACGUUGAAGCUGAGGUUGUUCCUCCUUCCGUAGUCGCAUUCGAGGCAUUCCUCAACAGCACCGUGGCGCCAUUUGUUACGAUUUCCAACUCAAUUGACCCAAUUGUUGGAGAGGGUGCCAACCUCCUCCAAAGUGCAUUGGCGGCUGAGGCUGAGUUCCUCAAGGUAGCCAUUAAGUCCAAGAAACCGGACUUUUCAGACCCUGAGUUCGCUGAGGCGUUGACGCCAAUCAACGAGAAGAUAGGGAAGUUGAACGAAUUAAAGGACAGCAAUAGAAAGUCUGAGUACUACAACCAAUUAAGCACUAUAGCUGAUGGUGCUCCGGUUGUAGGAUGGAUACUUUCGCCUACACCAGUUUCGACUGUGCCGGAAUUUAAGGACAUGGCCCUGUUCUGGGGUAACAAGAUUUUAAAGGAGUACAAGGAAAAGGACCCCAAACAAGCUGAGUGGGUCAAGAGUUUCUAUGCUAUUUUCGACGAAUUGAAGGUAUACGUGAAGGAAUACCACUACAAGGGUGUAACAUGGAAUGAAAAAGGAAAGAGCUUCAAAGAGGCCGCUGCAGGUUCUUCGGCGGCUGCUGCUCCUGUUCCAGCUCCUGCUGCUGCUGCUGCUGCUGCUGCUGCUGCCGGUGGAGCUCCUCCACCACCACCACCACCACCUCCACCUCCAACAAAUUUGUACGAAGAGAAGCCUGCUAGUGGAGGAAUCAAUGCAGUAUUUGCUGAUCUCAACAAGGGUGAGGGAAUCACUUCAGGAUUGAAGAAGGUGGACAAAUCACAAAUGACACACAAGAACCCUUCAUUGAGAGAAAAGCCUCCAAUUACCAAGAAGCCAACACCACCAAAGAAACCCGCUAGCUUAUCGUCGUCUAGUUCGGCUGUUCCAACCAAAAAGCCAGCAAAGAAGGAACUUAUUGAUGGAACCAAAUGGAUCAUCGAAAACUAUACCGCUGCUGAUGUCGAGAAUGGAAGACCAAUUGUGAUCCAAGUGGAGAUGAGUCAAUCUAUUUUCAUUGGAAACUGCUCUGAUGUGACCAUUCAAAUCAGAGGAAAGGCCAACGCUAUCUCUGUUACUGAUACCAAGAAGGUUGGUAUAGUUAUAGAUUCGUUGAUUUCAGGUAUUGACAUCAUUAAAUCGUUCAAAUUCGGUUUGCAAGUUACGGGUGUCGUAUACAUGAUUAGUGUAGACAAGUCUGACGAAGGUAGCAUAUACUUGUCGGCCGAAUCCGCAGAACAGGCUCAAAUUUUUACCAGCAGCACUACUGCAUUAAAUGUCAAUGUUCCUGAGGGCGAUGACUUUGUUGAACUUGCAAUUCCUGAACAAUUCAAGCAUACCUUUAAGAAUGGUAAGUUAACUGCUGAAGUUGUUGAGCAUGCAGGAUAA